GGAUGCCAAUCGCCGAUAAACCCUACCGAAGAAGAAGAAAAGCGUGCCUUGUAGUAGCUGGCAGUUCUCUUUCCAGUUGUCCCAUUCAUUUUCAGUAAAGGCUAUUUUCAAGAAUGCCACCUAAGGGGAAAGGUGGCAAGGAGGCGGGGAAAGGUGCCAAGGAUGGGGGAAAAGGUGGCAAGGGAGGCAAAGGUUAGUUUAUUCUUCACUAAAUCGAAUAGGCAUGAGGAACAUGCUAACUAGCUAACCAACUGUACAACACAGCCUGUGUGCAGUUAGAUAGCAGCUAGGUAGCGAUCUCUGUGUAAGUCAUGUUAUUAUGUUGAACGUUAUCAUUCAGGUGGAGCAGCUGCAGGGGGUGGAGACAAAGGAAAACAAGAAGAGAAGGCUAUAAAAGGAGGCACUUCUGUUAAGGUAGCUACCUAUGUUCGUUAGUCUCUGCAAUGCUACAUUUUAGGUACACCAUACUGUACCUUCUUUGACUAGAGUGUGUGUGUUCACAUGUAAGCAUAGACCGCUAGCUAAAUUGACUAACUGUUAUUUUUAUGUACUCCCCAGGUCAGACAUAUCCUGUGUGAGAAACAUGGUAAAUGCAUGGAGGCGAUGGAGAAACUGAAGGCUGGGGUUCGCUUCAGUGAAGUGGCCUCACAGUACAGUGAAGACAAAGCCAGACAAGGGGUAAGAGAGCAGUUCCCAUGCACCAACUAACGUACAUUAACCCUUACAAUCACUCAAGUGUGCAUUGGUUUAUCAUGUAGCUGAAAGGGGUGCUGUCUGCUAGUACCUAAAAGGUCCACUGGAUGGCAUCCUCUCUCUGUUUUGCUGUCUAUCACUUAUUACUGUUUUUCAAGAUUGUUGUUCAGGUGAGAGAACUGGGGGGUGUAUUCAUUAGUCAUAGACUGUUGUGGAACUUUUGGUCUGUUGCAAAACUUUUUGCAACGGAAACCGUUUACUCUAGGAACCAAACAGACGCAAAAGCAACGAAACGGGAGGGACCUACCUGAAAACAUUUUGCAACAGUGUCUGACUUAUGAAGACACCCCUGUUUUAGCCUUUGUGUGACUGUGGCAAUAUUGAAUGUAGUGUUACCCUGGUUGUGACAGGGUGACUUGGGCUGGAUGACAAGAGGGUCUAUGACUGGACCCUUCCAGGACGCUGCCUUCGCCCUACCCAACAGCACCAUGGACAAACCCAUUUACACAGACCCCCCCGUCAAGACCAAGUUUGGCUACCACAUCAUCAUGGUGGAAGGAAAGAAAUGACCGGAAGGAAAAUAUCCACUACUCUUCACUUUGACAUUGGGACACUGCUUUCUCUCAGAGGAGAUGGCACAAUCGAUCACUCAAUUUCUCUGCAGCUUUUCUUCAUUUCUUGCAUAAUUCUUUUUCAUGUCCUGGUAAUGGCACAACAAAAGGUAACAAUGAAAUACUCUGUAAAGAGACAGAGGCUAAUAAGACGUAUGUACUCGUGUCUGUAAAUAAAAGGUGGUGAAAUUUGUAC